AUGCGUCCUCGCAGGUACACGGCCACGUUUUUGAUCGCAGCGAUGGCCGCGUCGGCUUCGCUGGCCGUCAGCAUACCGGCGGAACACCGGCCACAGGAACCGGCCGCGGAGCCCAGCAACGUGGUGGUGCACAAGAAACACAUCAAGCCCGACAAGAUCGUGUUCAUGUCGGAGGUGUCGUCGUCGCACGGCGAGGGCGAGGGCGAGAACGGUGGCGGCGGUAGUGGCCUACUGGAAUUGGGUAUGUCCGGACUGCUCGAGGCGUUGAGCGCGCCGAAGAAGAUCAUCGGCGCCGUCGCCGGUUUCGUGAUCGGCAAACUCAAGUCGUUGGACCUCAAGAAACUCGUCAAGAUCGCGCUGUUGGCCGCCCUGGUCACCGUGCUCGGCGCCGUGGCCGCCGUGGCCGUGGCCGGUCUCGUGUCCAUCGUGUCGGCGGUGUGCGCGGUGCUGCCGUACCUGAGAUUCGUGUUCGGCGGCCACCACCACCAGCAGGGCGAGUCCACUUCCGAGUCGCAGAUCGACCUGGUCAGCGAGUUCAUGAUGAGUGCGUUGGAAAAGUACGAUGUCGAGCGCAAGGCGUGAGUGCAGGGCCGCCACCGCGUCGCCGAAAACGCUCAACCGCUGUCACGGCAAUAAUACGGUUUUUGUUGAAACACCAUUAAAACCAUCUAGAAGAGCAUGAAAUGAAGGGUAUGGUUUUUCACAAUUACAGCAAUUAUCAGGAUCAUCAAAGUCAAUAAAACGAGCCAUAAAUCCUG